CCAGCUCUACAAGCGAGCAGCCUCAAUGCCCCUAUUACGCUGCCUUACUCCUUAUGAAGCUGAAUACGCCGUGAGAGAAGUUCACGAGGGAGUAUGUGGCACGCACAUCGGCGACAGAACUUUAGCUCUGAAACUCCUAAGGCACGGUUAUUACUGGCCCACUAUGGUCGAGAACGCACAGAACUAUGUCAAAAAGUGCCCGACCUGUCAGUUCAAUGUCGAUGAUAUUCACAUGCCAUGUAUCCGAGCUCGUUCUAUAGUUUAUGCUAACUUAAUGACUGUCUAUGAACUGAGCAUGAGUACCUUCCUUGAAACAGGGAAAAGGCUAUCAUCUCUUACGUUUGGCAUACCUAAGCGGAUUAUCGCCGACAACAGGCCACAAUUCCGAGCAACGGAAUUGAGAUCGUUUUGUAACGAUUAUGGCAUUGAGCUCGCCUUGACAUCUGUAUACACUCCACAGUCCAAUGGGCAAGCCGAGUCCACCAAUAAAAUCGUUUUGCGAGGCCUUAAGAUGCGUGUUUUGACUGCGCAUUCUAAUUGGGUGGACGAGCUCAAUAAAGUACUUUGGUCUUGUCGUACUACACCCAACUCGGCUAGGGCGAAACCCCUUUCAGCCUGGCCUAUGGAGCUGAGGCCGUCAUCCCAGUAGAGGUUGGAUUACCAUCUGAACGAGCAGGCUGGCGUGACGAUCUCAACAAUGAGCAACUGUUGAGAGAAAACCUAGACUUCGUGGAAGAGGUCAAGGAGAUGUCUAGAAUAAGAAACAUGGCACAUCAAA